GUCGGGGCGCGCAGGUUUUCCGACCAUUGGCAUGCUGGGAAAGUCACAAGCAAAUUAGGCGGGACCCAGCGCUCCGCCCCUCUUACGUGUGGGCCCUCACCAACCCGAACCAGUGCGCAGGCGCGGGAAAGUUGUCCUAAGAAAGGAAAGUUCAUACAAGUUCAGAGGAGGAGGAGGUGGCUGCGGCCGGGGCCCAGGACCCGGUGAGCGGGACAUCAGCGAGGGCUUGGAGAGGAGGAAAGAAGAGGGAGCCGGGAUCCGGGAGCGGGCAACUCAGUCCUACUCCUCCGACAUCCAAGCGUCUUCAGUCUCCCAAAUUCUAGCGUGCCCCCAUGGCGGGCUCGGAAGAGCUGGGGCUCCGGGAGGACAUGCUGAGGGUCCUAGCUGCCUUCCUUAGGCGGGGUGAGGCUGUGGGGUCUCCCAUUCCGACCCCACCCAGGAGCCCUGCCCAGGAGGAGCCAACAGACUUCCUGAGCCGCCUUCGAAGAUGUCUUCCCUGCUCCCUGGGGCGAGGAGCCGUUCCCCCUGAGUCCCCUCGGCCUUGCUCCCUGCCACUCCGGCCCUGCUAUGGUUCAGAGCCUGGCCCUGCUACCCCAGAUUUCUAUGCCCUGGUGGCCCAGCGGCUGGAACAGCUGGUCCAAGAGCAACUGAGAUCCCCACCUAGUCCAGAGUUACAGGGUCCCGCACCCACAGAGAAGGAAGCCCUGCUGCGAAAACUGGUGGCCUUGCUGGAAGAGGAGGCAGAAGUCAUCAACCAGAAGCUGGCUGCAGACCCAGCCUUGCAGCGCAAACUGGCGCGCCUCUCUGCCAGUUCCUUCAGCCGCCUAGUGGAGCUCUUCUCUAGCAGAGAGAUCAGCCCUCGCCCAAGCCAAGCAUUACCGUGCCCUGGGCCUCCGCCACCUUCCCCAGAACCCCUGGCCCGCCUGGCCCUGGCCAUGGAGCUGAGUCGGCGCGUGGCUGGGCUGGGGGGCACGUUGGCCGGACUCAGUGUAGAGCAUGUGCACAGCUUCGCGCCCUGGAUCCAGGCCCACGGGGGCUGGGAGGGCAUCUUGGCAGUUUCACCUGUGGACUUGAACUUACCCUUGGACUGAGCUCUCCCUCAGAAGUUGCUGUAAGAUCAGACCUCAUGUCCCUGCACCCUCUUUCCAAGCAUCCCUGUUCCACUCAGGGCUGUGGGGUGACCCUCUUUCCCAGCAUUCCUGUUCCACUCAGGGCUGUGGGGUG